AUGGAUGAGGUAGAAGCGAAGCUGAUCGCAAAUGGUCAAGCUUAUGGCUACACUGGAGAGGCAUUGCGUACUUACGUAGAGGAGCGUAUCGAGAAGCACGAGGAGAAAGUGCGUGCAGACAGAGAGCGCGACGAACGAGCAGGAAGUAGAUUGGAAAGGAAAGAUGACGAGCAGCUGCUUGCGAGGAUUGCAGAUUUGGAGUUGCAAGUCCAGCACGCACGAGAGACUCAGAGUGAUGAGAGCACUUUGUUGAAUACGACGAAUGGCAGUUUAGCGAGCAAGAGGGCUGCCAUCAAGAUGCCGAAGUUCGACGGUAAGCAGACUGUUGAGACCUAUCUCGAACUGUUCGAGGAUGUGGCAAAGCAAAACGAGUUCAGCGCCGACGAGUACCUGAUCCGCUUGCGCGUGGCUGUUGCUGGCAGCAAGUUGGAAGGUGCAUGCUAUGGCUGCAACACCUUUGCCGAAGCGAAGCGCGAGCUGCUGAUGGCGCAUGGGAAGACCGCCGACAAAGCGUGGCAAGCCCUGAUGGCCAUACAGCAGAAAAGUGAUGAGAGUUUCUACCAGUUUGUGGUACGAGUGACGCGCGAGACGGAGAAGUGGGCAAAACUCGCCAGGCCUAGCCGUACCUCUAGCCGCGGACAAAUCGGUGAGCUGGACGACACUGAAUUGUUCGGAUGUGUCGUACGUCAAGUCCUGCUAGAAGCUGUGUCGGCAGAAACUAAGGCCUUCUUGAUCGAGAAGAGAUGUUACACGAAGGACUUGAAGGCGUUUGCGGAGGAUGGUAUGGCUUACCAAACAGCCCACGGACGUAGCAAGCUGAAGCCUGCCAAGUCUAGCACCAGCGACAAACGUAUACCGUUUGCGUCGGCAGAGUGUUUGACGGUCAGCGUUGAUGAGGCUAACAAGAAAUUGUCAGCUAUGGCGUCUGAGCACCGAAACGCGUACGUCAAGGCAGAGGGACUGUGUUUCAACUGCCUGAGACCAGGACAUCGAGUGAUGAAUUGUCAGAACAAGGGUCGUUGCAAGCACUGCAACAAGCGACACCACAGUCUACUGCACAGAGAGGACAAACAGGUAACAUCCGAACCGAUAGCCGAAUCGAAAGUCGGUACGUAUGAAUGUAGUGCAAACAGCGUGCACUUGAUGACCGGCGUGGCUGAGGUACAAGGACCUAGCCGAAAGGCCAGUGUACGCAUAUUCAUCGACCCAGGUGCGCAGGCAUCGUUCAUCACCGCACCACUGGUGAACUCGCUGCAACCGGCACACCUUGGAUCGCAAACUGUCAGGCUGAAGGCGUUUGACGUGGAGCCGAAGUUUGAAAAGAUGGACAGGUACCGUGUCACCAUCAAGGGUGCAACGAAGUCCAUUUCCGUCAAUGCCUGGCAAAAGAAGUCGCUAGGUCUCCGGUUCGAUCCGUUAGCAGACAGCACAAUUGCACGUUGGCAGUCACAGGGAUUGCAGCUGUCUGAUGACUCGACAAAGGCCGGAUCAAGCGAAGUGCACAUGCUGAUUGGAGCUGACUACUGCAAUGAGUUCCUUCUCCGCAAGGAGCAAAUCAAUGGAGAGACGGCCUGGCACACUGAAAUAGGCUGGGUGCUGUCAGGACCGGCUAAUAGUGAAACCAAGUCAGCGACCGUCAGUGUGAGUUGUAUUGAACUUGACCGACUGUGGAAGAUGGAAGAGGUGCCGGAAAUAGCUGAGACGUUACCGGACUUCCCGAUAGAGCGGCAAGGCCCUCAUUACCAAGUGGGAUUGCUAUGGCGAUCUGAGAAGCGUCCGCCAGCCAACCUAAACCAAGCGAUGGCAGCGGCACACUCACUGCUGAAGCAGCUACAGAGACGAGGUCAACGUCUAGCGUAUGAUGACGUCCUCAUCACUGAGUACUUGAAGCUGGAUGCCAUUGAAAAGGAACCGCAUCCGGAGGAAGCCGGCUAUUACAUGCCGCAUCAUGCCGUAUUCCGUAGCGACGCCUCAACGACGAAGACACGGGUCGUCUUCAAUGCAUCCGCCGCCUGCACCGGAGCACCAUCCCUAAACGACAUGGUCGAUCCCGGGCCAUCACUCCUACCGGAUCUCACUGGUAUCCUCCUCAGGUUCCGUGAGUAUGAAUGUGCUGUACAAGCCGAUAUUCGCAAGGCUUUUUUUAUGAUCGGAAUGCGUGAAGAAGAUAGGCCAUAUCUGCGUUUUGUUUGGCCUGAGAUAGGUAGCGAAGAAAUGUGUAUCUGGCGUUUAAAGAAGCUGCCUUUUGGAGUGAAUUGUUCUCCUUUCAUACUUAGUGCGGUGCUGCGCUUUCAUCUCGAUAGUGCAUUCGAGUCUGCUUCUGCUGCUGAGCGUGAUAUCAUAGAGCUGCUGCUGCGUAGUUUUUAUGUUGAUGAUUGCGUUUCUAGCUUGCCAUGCUGUGCGGAUGCUGAAAAGCUGCAGGAGUAUAGCGUUAAUGUUUUGCAGGGAGCAGGCAUGGAGUUGCGGAAGUGGCGAGGGAACACGAUGACCUCAGACCCCGAGGCUGGUUCCAAGGCACUGGGUAUUGUGUGGAACACCGAGUCAGAUUGUAUUUCGGUGGCUGCGCUCGGUGAUGUUGAGUGUCCCAAGGAAGUGUCUGGUUGGUCUCGUCGUGCUUUGUUGCGUUGUGUUGCCGCUGUGUUCGAUCCGCUAGGUUGGGCGUCACCCGCAGUUGUGCCAGGCAAGAUGAUGUUGCAAGAGAGUUGGAAGCUCGGCGGUGGUUGGGAUGACCCAUUCCCUAUUGAUUUGGCUGUCCGAUGUGCUUCAUGGUGGGGAGAGCUCGCAGCGCUUUCUUCCGUUAAAAUCCCCAGAUGGAUCGGGUGUACUCCAGAUGCUCCAGUCACUUUGCAUGUAUUCUCAGAUGCAUCCGAGAAGGGCUAUGGCUGUUGUUUCUAUGUUGUGUCCGGUUUGACGUCUGCUUUGUUGUGUGCGAAGGCGAAGGUUGCACCUGUUGUACGUCCCACUCUUGCGCGUCUGGAAUUGUCGGCUGUGUGUCUUGGCGUGAAGAUGUUGUCCUUUGUCGUCAAUGAAUUGAGAGUGCCAAUUGAAAGGAUUGUGGGGUGGACAGACAGCCUAACCACAUGGCACUGGAUCUCAAAGCCGUCGUAUCACUGGAAGACGUAUGUUGCUAAUCGAGUUGCUGCAGUGCAAGAAGUUUCGCAGAAGCUGCAAGUAGAAUGGCGUCACUGUCCAGGAGUUAGCAACCCUGCAGAUCUUGUCUCGCGUGGUGUCCCAGUGUGUGACUUGCAGAAGGAGAUGUGGCUGCAUGGUCCGUCAUGGUUGAGCGAUGAGUCUCAGUGGCCACCAGUCAUCUCGUUUCAGAGCACCAAUGAGUCCGUCACCGAAGCACGCGUGUCGGCUGUGGAGGUUGACACUCCAGUUGUUUGGCCGUGGGAGAAGUUCUCCAAGUGGCAACGAGCUCGCGGUUUGGUCGCAAGUAUGCUGUCAUGGCGACACAAGGGUGUUUCGCGUGCAGAAUUGAUUCCAUCUGCUGAGUCUGUGAUGUUUCGCGCCAUCCAAGAGCAAUGCUUCCCCAAGGAGUUGUCCCAGUUGCGGAGCAAGGAGCCACUGAAGAAGGGUUCGAAGCUGUUCAAGUUGUCUCCGUUUCUGGAUGAAGCUGGUUUGCUCAGAGUUCGUGGUCGUCUGCAGGAGAGCGAUCUGUCCUACGAGGUUCAGCAUCCGAUCAUCCUGGGCAGAUGUCAUCUAAGUGAGUUGUUUCUGCGUGAUGCUCACCUUCAGCGAAUGCACCAGGGUGUAGAGAGCGUGCUUGCGUUUCUACAACAGCAGUUCUGGAUUCUCGGAGCUCGUCGUUUUCUUCGUAGCGUGUCGGAGAAGUGCAUUGUUUGCCGCAGAUUUCGCGCACAGACUGCUGCUGAGGAGAUGCCGCCGUUGCCCUCAGACAGGGUGAAGCACCACCAGCCAUUCGGUCUCACAGGUAUUGAUUAUGCAGGUCCGUUGUACGUGCGCAGUUCAUCAAAUGUUCAGAAAAUGUGGGUCGCACUCUUCGUGUGCGGUACUACUCGCGCAGUGCACCUAGAGCUCGUGGAUAGCCUGUCGACAGAGGUGUUCCUGCUAGCAUUGCGUCGUUUCAUCGCCCGUCGUGGGAAGCCGCUGCGUAUACGUUCAGAUAAUGCUACGACGUUCAAGUCCGCCGCAGACAAGGUGGCAAUCCCGUGGCUCUUCAAUCCGCCAUCUGCCCCGUGGCAUGGAGGGUUCUAUGAGCGUCUGGUGGCAUGUGUGAAAGCUCCCUUGAAGAAGGUUCUCGGUCGAGCGUCAUUGAGUCGAGACGAGCUGUUCACUGUCUUGACGGAGAUCGAGAGAGUCGUCAACUCUCGACCCCUCACUCCGGUUUCUACGGAUGUAGCUGACGAGUCGCCGCUGACUCCAGCCAUGAUGUUGGGAGACAUCUUUGCAACCGGUAUUGCCUCGUCUGACAGACCACUCGAUCCACGGCAGUUGUCCGCUCGAGUCAAGUAUGUCCACACCGUCUACGAGCACCUCAACCAGCGUUGGUCGUCUGAGUAUCUCAUUCGUCUCAGUGAGUAUCAUCGGUCGAAGUCAACUCCGAUUGUCGUGAACGACGUUGUGUUUAUUGCCGACGACAACCGGAAGCGGCAAUCAUGGCGCUUGGGUAGGGUCGCAGAGCUGUAUCCUGGAAGAGAUGGCAAGUGCAGGGUGGCCAAAGUCCAAGUUGGCCAAUCGUCCAUGCUACGGCCCAUUCAACGCUUGGUUCCGUUGGAAGUAGCGAAGGAGCAUGUUGAGCCGCCUGCUGUGGACGCUGAGCCGCAGCCGCAGACACCCGCGAGCGCUGAUCCAGUCAACGUCGUCGAUGAUGUUGAAAUACCUUCGACGACCGUUGAACCGCAAGUUACGCGUCGAUCUCGUCGUACCGUUCGACCACCACCUCGUCUUGAUUUGUGA